AUGCCGCUACUCCCCGUCCUCCUUACUCCCGUUCAAGACCCCCAGCAGCCUUCAUCCUCCUCCCAGCAGCCAGUCAUCUGCAACCUCCCCCUCCUUGCUGAUGCUGCCUUCCUCCUGUCCGCCCCCAACCUCGCAGUCUUCCAAUUCCUUCAGAACCAACAGCCCUCUAUUGAUCCAGUGCAGCUGCUACUGCAAGCGUCUGCUGAGUUACCGUCAACGUCGGAGGAGGUCAGGGAUGAUGCGUUGGAUUCACCAAGACUGGAAUACUUGUUUGCUUCCAACCAGCAGGACCAACAGGAGCAGAGGAACCAAGAAAGAGAGGCAGACAACAACCCUACAGCAAAAGACGAAAGAGCGCGCAACGGGCAAGUCAACUGGCAUGCGAUCUGCGAGCAGAUCAUAACAACGUGGUUUGAAACGAUUGUCAAGGUGCAGGACUCCAGGUUCAAGCAGCAGCUCGACUCACAGAUGAUGUACUGCUGCAAGAUGCGGCUCAAGUGCACGAAGCGGUCAGUUCUGGCCUUCCUUCAUCUCUGCGCAGUGAACGAGCUCAUCUUCCUCGAGUUCGAGGAUGAUCCUGACAAAGGAUUCUGCGGCAUCUCCGGUUUCCAGGUGGCCCCCAACAGGAGCAACGAGUUUUACAACAGGUUUGUUACCUUGAGGCGCGGGAGCUUUCAGGGCUUCGAUCCCAGGAACGACACACAUCACAACGAGAAGAUGAAGAUAUCUCAUGUAGAAGAGCAUUCGAUCCGCAACAUCUUCAGGAAUGUUUGCCUCGUACCGAAAGAUCCUGCUCACUGGGUGGAAGCCUUUGAAGGUCAGAUCCCCUUCACGUUCAACAAGCCCAAGAAACAAGCGUUCCCCCGCGGUUUGCGCGCCAUGAGAGCCGGUCGCUCCCGCAGCGGUCACGUCUCGCCCAACCUUAGUUGGGGAUGA